AUGGUCUCCUCUCCUCCGGCCUCGCCUGAUGGAGCAAGGCAGAUACGACCUCAAAGCAUUUACUCCGCAUCGUCGCCGGACCCUUUCCAGAAGAAUCGCCCCCAAAGCAUGAGUGGUCGUCCUCCGCGAAGCCACAGUCGUAUGAGCCAGAGCAGCAAUCACAUUGGAAGCAGAACCUCGGAUGAAGAUGUCAAAACUUCGGUCAAAGUUGUCGUCCGAGUUCGUCCUCCUCUAGGCCCCUCUGAUCCCGGGUUUGACCUUAUUCCACAAAGGUUUCAACGAUCGAUGGUCCAAGUAAAUACAAAUACCAGCCUUGCCGUUGAGUCACCCCAAGGACGAAAGAUUUUCAUUUUCGACCGUGUGUUUGGUCAAGACACCACUCAGAAUGCCGUUUGGGAAUACCUACAGGACAGUGUCGAUUCUUUUUUGCAGGGUUACAAUGUGUCUUUACUCGCCUACGGCCAAUCUGGUGCAGGCAAAAGUUAUACCAUGGGCACAUCAGGUCCUGCAGAGCAAUUCGAUCAUUCUCUGAAAGGUGUUAUUCCUCGAGCAGCGCAACACUUGUUCGAGGCCCUGAAUGGCGGUCCUGCCCACAGCAGACACAACUCAGGCCUCAAGACACCAACCAGAUUUUCAGUCACAAGUUUAAAUCAGGUUAUGCAAACAUCGAAAUCAUUCAUCGACAGGGGCUGGGAUAUGUCGGUGACCUAUGUUGAGAUUUAUAACGAACAGCCGAGAGAUUUGCUCCUCCCAGAAGAUGCGCCAUUCACCGAGAGAGCCAACGUACAAAUUCGCGAAGAUCCACGAGGUCGAAUAUUUGUAGAAGGCCUCAACUCAGUGCGAGUAUCCUCUAUCGAGGAACUCAUGCGAGUUUUAAACCAUGGUUCCGCUAUUCGACAGACCGAUGCAACAGCUAUCAAUGCCAGGUCGUCUCGUUCUCACGCCGUCUUCACGAUUAAUCUGCGACAAACAAAAGCCCAAGGUUUCCCUUCGGCAAAGGACAAACGAACGUCAGUCCCCAUUGAUCAUAUGUCUGGAGGCGAUGCACCUAUGACCGUCGAAAGCAAGCUCCAUUUUGUCGAUCUGGCAGGUAGUGAACGGCUCAAGAACACCGGGGCUACUGGUGACCGUGCGAGGGAAGGAAUUUCAAUCAAUGCUGGACUAGCAAGUCUGGGCAAAGUGAUUUCUCAGCUGUCAUCAAGAACACCGGGGACUUAUGUGUCGUACAGAGAUUCCAAAUUGACACGAAUGCUGCAAGACUCGUUAGGCGGCAACGCAAUCACUUAUAUGAUCGCUUGCGUCACGCCCGCGGAAUUCCACCUCAGUGAGACGCUCAAUACAGUCCAGUACGCUCAGCGGGCUCGAAACAUCCAAAGCAAACCCAAGAUCCAGCAAGUUGAUGAUGGAGCCGACAAGCAAGCUGUGAUUGAACGAUUGCGCACUGAAAUUGCCUUCCUAAGGCAGCAGAUUCGAAGCGCUGAGUCGAGCGACCGUCGACCGGGUAUGAUGUCUGAGCGAGGUGAUCGACCUAGCGAUCGGGAAAAUGAGCUUCAGAAUCAGUUGUUGGAUAUUCAAGAGAAUUACAAUGCACUGAGUCAGAGGCACGCCAAAUUGAUCUCGGAACUGACAAAGAGCACCGAGCCUAUUGACCAAGUGAACAUUGUGGGAGAAAGUGCAGUGGAUCGCCUGAAACGUUCCCAGGCCAACCAAGAAAUGAUUGAACAGGUGGUGAUGGAAUACGAAAAGACGAUUCAAAGUCUUGAGAACAAUCUUUCAAACACACGCUCAUCCCUUGCAACCACCGAAAGCAAUCUCCUCGAGAAAGAAACGAAAUGCGCUUUUGUCGAAACAGUCAACCAGCAAUUGAACGCCAGAGUGCAGAAAUUGAUGGACCGAGAGUCAAAUACUGAACAGUAUCUCCAUGACCUGGAAGCGAGGCUCGAUGACCAAAGUUCUGGAGGCGAAAAGAACGAUGCUAUCAUCACAGACCUGCGCAAAGAGAUUUCGCGGAUUCGAGAAAGUGAGACGAACGCCGAAGAUUAUAUUUGUACCCUUGAAGAGCGGCUGGCCGAAGCAGACCAGGACAUGGAAAUCAUGCAACGCGAGAUUGAGCGACUUCAGCACCUCGUUGAACGCCAACGUAGUCUCGGCAAGCUGGACAAUCUGCUCUACGAACUCGACCAUAUCCAAGACAAAGACGGAAAGGCGAAAUCUGUAAUCUCACAGCAUACAAACGGUGUUGUUGAGGAGCACGAGAAGGACCUUAAGACCGCUGAAGCAACCGAGCUACCGGCACAAUUGGAUGGAGAACUUGAUGAGAGCCUGGAAGAUCUACCGGAAGAAACGAGUGCAGAAAGUGACCAAGCGGGUCUUGAAAAGCUCGAGACCGCCAUCGCUCAACAGGAAAGCCUCACAACUGACCAUGUCCCAGAACCUCUUCCGAGCCCGGCACAGUCCAAAUUCAUCACCGAGAAAUUCGAAUCAGUCAGUCAAGAGCUGUUUGACCUCAGGUUGGAGCACGAAUCGACGGUCAAUGAAUUGGAUCUACUGUCGGCCAAAUAUCAAGAAGCACUUCGAACAUUGGCGGAAAUGCAUGAUUCGAUUGACCAGGAACGCCAAAGUACAGUGUCUCCGCAGGAAGAUGGAGCCAAUGAGAGUAGUAAAGAUCAGUCUUUCUUGGAGGAGGUAGAGGAGCCUCAAGAAGACGAGGAUGGUCAACAUUUGCCUUCCUCGCGGUCGCUCUCCUCGGAAUUAUCUAUGGCUGGGGAGUCAUCGACCUCGACCGAUACCGACAUUACGCCAGUCUCUAAGACCACGCAAUCUGUCGAGGUUCAAGUGCAGGAGAUUGAGAGAUUGCAACAUCUUCUGGCGGAACACGAACAGAAUAUGAAAGACGUUACCGAACAAUAUCACCAACUCCAGACUGAUCACAAGGAAGCCUUGACCACUGUGGAACGGCUCAAAUCGCAGAUCAAGCAGACUAGGCCUGCAUCGCCUGGUACUCCGGGUAUGCUGAGACGCAUGACUUCACAAAGCGGCACGGGGGUUGAUCGAGGCCAGCGAUCCGUUACCUCUCUGCGAUCGCUCCUAGCUGAAGAGUUUGAAGCGAAACCUGAUCGUAUGGAGACCGCCGAAGUGCACCUCUCGGCUGCCAACACCGAACUUCAAGCACGCUUGGAAAGAAUACAAGCUCUUGAAGCGGAGGUCAAGACAGCAAAGAAAGAAAUGGAGGUAAAGUCGACGAUAAUAUCUGGCCUGACAAGGGAAAGGACCAGUAUCAAGGCGGGCUCUCCUGUCGACCUCAAUAUGGUGUCUCAAUUGAGAGACCAGAUUAUUCAAAAAGAGACUGAGUUGAAAUCUCUACAUGAGGGCUAUGCUCGUCGUGAACAAGACCUCCAAGAAGAAAUCCAGAAGUUGCACGACGAGAAGGCCAAUCUGCAGUCUGCCCCAUCGACCACCGAGAAUGAGGAGAAGAUCCAUGCCUUAACGCAGCAAAUAGAGGAGUUGACAACCAAAUUGGAGGCGGCGCAACAAGCGCUUGAGGAGUCUGAAAAGAAUUAUACGCGUACUAAAUCUGAAUUGGAGGUGGCUUUGGCAAGUAUCGCCACCUUGAAAGCCCAGCAAGCAGCCGGAGAAGGGGACGAUGCCUCUGGCCGGGCUGCGGCGGCCAACGCAAUGCAGACUGAACGUGACAACUACGAAGAACUUAUCGGUGGUCUGAAACAGCAAUUGGAAGAACAACAAACGCUCAACGCUGACCAUGCAGCGAAGAAUCUGGAACUUCGCCAACUCCAUACCGCUCUCAGCAAGGAUUACGACGCCCAUGCUGAGAUGGUAAAAUCUCAACAACAAGAAAUAGCCACGCUGAAGGCAGAAAUUGAACAGCUCGAACAGAAGGUCAAGUUUGCAGAAGCGCAAGCUGAGAUGGCCAAGCAGAAUUUGAAGACUCUUCGCGAAGCUCAUAGGAACGAAGUUGAGGAGAUGAAGCUGGCUCACGGUGGUGCGUUGGCGGGAUACGAUGAUCAAAUGACUGAAAUCACUACCAAGCAUGCGAAACUCGAGGCGACGUACAAGGCAGAUCUUGAGCAUGCUUUGUCAACUGUGCAGAAAAUCGUCUCCAGUGCUCAAGCAGCGCUUGGCCAUCCAACUACGGCAGAUAUGCUCGCGAGUCAUAUCCAGGAUCUUGUAGAGGAGAAACGCCAUGUCGCCGAGGCCAAUGUUCGGCUGACCGGUACCAAUGCGGAGCUUGAGAGGCAACUCGAUGGGAGACAGAGCUUGCUUGAAUUGGAAGAGGAACUCGCCAAUGCCAAUCUCAAGAUCAGCAAUUACCAGGAUACGAUCCGAAGCCUUGCGAAUGAGGUCGGCAACCAUGAAGAAACGAUUCGCGAAAAGGAGAACCUGCUGAAGAAGGCCGAAGCCAAUCUUCAAGCAGUCGAAGCGGAGAAGGCAAAGAAGCUGGUAAUUAUCGAAGAACUCGAGCAACAGUUGCAGAAUAGUUUUGACCAACACCACAACCGACUGUCUGUCAUCCAAGCCCAAGGCAACCAAGCUUUGAUUGAAGCGCAGCAACGCAUUGCCAGUCUGGAGAAGGAUCUGAGUCAACGCGCAUCUGUCAACGAGGCAGCAUCGGACAGCGGUUCUCGAACCAACACCAUGAAGUCACAACAUCGUCCUCAGUCGCCGCCAGGGGAAGGAGUCCCGCGCUCCAACUCGAUGACUUCGAAUCUGAGGAAAUCUGCGUCAAUUGCAUCGUUGCCUUCCCCGCCACCGGCAAUUCCACUCCCUCCUCUACCCGCUAUUCCCGGAGCUCUUCAAAUCACAUCUCCGACGCCGGCUUCCAGCAACCCUUCACCACCACAGUCUCGCCACGCUUCCAAGGAAGUAGCACUACCCGUGACUCCUGUGUCCGGUACCGUGGUGUCGACAAACUCCCGAGAUCGACGCCAGUCUGCACUGAUCGAGGAACAAGAAAACCGGUUGCGGACGAUUGAGAAACACCUCCAUGCAGAGAAACAACUCACCGCGACGCUGGAAGAAGCGCUUGUGGACCUGGAAACGCAGUCCAACAAACUCCGAGUUGACGCGGAAUCCUGGAAGAAGAAGGCGUGGGCGAUGGAAGAGGAACUGGUCGGACUCAAAAAGGAGCGAAAAUCCGAGAGACUGAGCGUGCAGGCAGUGGAGGAGGAGGUCAAGAAGAGGAGAGAGGCUGAGGCAGCGAGGGCACAACUCGAGGAGAGAAUGAGGCUGUUGACGGUGGGUAAGGAUGGCAAGACGAAGAAACGAAAGGGGAGUUCGUUGAAUUGUUUCUAA